CGCUCACGCCCGGCACCCAGUGGACUUCGGGAGUGCUGCGCCAGCGGUGUUGGUGUCGCUCUGGACUUAAAGUGAUACUGUGCCUUCGGCGCCUUUGUUAACUUAAAGAAAACAAAACCGAAAAUUACAGAAAUGCAGAGAUCCAGGAUAUGGAAUGCGGUCCUGGUCGCAGCGUGCGCCAUCGUUGCCUCCGACCAUGCUGACGCGGCGCCCAAGACGAUGGUGGACCACAAGAUCAACUUCGGAUGGCCGAGCUUCUUCAACCCCGAGAUGGGGAUGAUGAGGGAGAAGCACAAGAAAAACAAGAAGAAGAAGGACCAGGAGGAAGGAGAGGGGAACGAGGUGGACACGAGCACCGAGGAGGACCACUACGAGGACCUCAUCGAUUACACACUCAAGGGCGGCCUCCGAGGGACGCUUCUCCUCCUCAACUCGAGCUCGGUGACGGACGUGAUGAUGCCGGAGGGGAAGGCGGGCAACCUGACGGAGGUGGCGAGCAAGAUCAUGCAGGAGGAGGAGGAGGAAGAGAAGAAGAAGAAGGAGCAGGAGGAGGGCGAGGACGAAGGGCAGGCCGGCGUGAGGCUGAGGACGCCGAUUGUGGUGAAGAAAAGGACGCCUGAGCUCGGCAAGUACGGCGCGAAGGUGACGUUCUUCGCCGGCGCCGAGCCCACCAAGUUCAUCUACUACGGCAACUGGUGCGGCCGCGGCGGGCGCAGUGCCCCGGUGGACAACCUGGACCGCUGCUGCCUGGAGCACGAGAUGUGCUACGGAAGGACGGUGCGCGAGUGCCCGGAUGUGUGGAAGAAGCCCUACAACAUGAUGUACGCCUGGACGCCGCUCGACGAGGAGGUCGUCUGUGUUCGCUCCGAGUCCUACUGCAUCAACCACGUGUGCGAGUGCGACCGCGAGGCUGCGCUCUGCUUCCAGCACUACCUCUCGGCGCCCGAGGAGAUCGCGACGCACCUGGGCACCAAGUCUGAAUAGCCUGGUCCCCGCCUCGGCUCCAGGCUCCUUUCCGCAGACAAAUCGUCGGCCAAGUUACUAGGUCUUUCAUUGAGUCGUCAGUCAUGUUAACUUUCUCUCGGUUACUGUUGUUAUUGUUGUUAUUCUAUCCUUUCUUUAUAUUUUUCGCUUAAGAUGCAGACCAUUGAUGUGACACUGUCGCUAUAUAGCGGCAAAGUUGACAAUGAUAUUUACAUCAAAUGGUAAACAGUAAUACCUAUGCAAAGCUCUCUCUGUGAAAAAAGCUUUAACUGAAAUUGCUUGUCACUCUCGUAGCUUUAAGUGCUUUUGUGUUUCCUUUGAUCCGCCUGUGAUUUCCUUGUAUAUGUAUAUGCUUUCGUUAUUGUUAGUAUCGAAAUAAAGACUC